CUUCAAACGAGUCCGUGCCCGUGGGGGAGAUUCGGCGGAGGUCUGAGCAGCCUCGUCGUGGGAUCAGCAAACAUCAGAGUAUUACGGCAUUAACAUGACUAUGCUGGUGUUGCUUUACAUCGUGUUGGCAAUCGUUCUUAUUAUUUUCUUUAGCUUCCUCUGCUGCAGACCGCGCUUAAUUAAAAUCCUAAGCUACUUUCUGGAGACUUUCAUCCGAAUCAAGGGCUGCCUCAGAUCCUGCUGCGAGAGGACCGAGGAUGGUCAAGUGAAGUUCUUGAAAAGCUUAAGGAAUUUGUAUCACAGAGUCCCAGUGAGUGACGAGAUGAUCAUCGUGCAUCUGUCAGGCAAGGUCGGAGGCGCCGUGGGAGAGGAGGUCCUUCUCACGAACGGAACACGAGCCAAGCGCCUACCUCUCGCAUCCCCCAGCGAAGUGAACUCCGAAACAAACAAGGAGAUAAAAAAGGAAGAAGAGGAGGACAAAGAAACGAACAAAGAGAAGGAGAAGAAGGAGGAGAAUAAGGAAGAGAAGGAAGAGAAGGAGAAGGAUCCGGAAGAAGCUGGAGGACUGAGGCAAGUCCCUUCCAACCGCGUCAGGAGAGAGGACUUGGAGGCCUACCUCAAUCACGUGGUCAGGAGAGGGGAUCUGGAGGCCGAGUUCAGGGGCUGCCACGACCCCCGCGCGUACAUAGCCACCCAGGGACCCAAGGACUAUAAGGACAACACCAUCGAGGACUUCUGGAGGAUGGUUUGGGAGCAACAUUGCAACACCGUCGUCAUGGUUGCACGGCUCAUCGAGGGAGGGAAGGUAAAAGUAGCCCAAUAUUGGCCCGACGUCAAGAAAGCUCAGGUGACCUACGGGGACUUCAGUUUAUCAAUCGUCGGAGAGGAAAAGGAACUUGACUACUUCAUUAGGAGAUUCACACUGACACACGCCGGCGAGAGUAGGGAGGUGACCCAGUACCAGUUCAUCGCCUGGCCUGACCACGGCGUCCCGCAGGCGCCUUUCACCUUCUCGCUCAUGACGCUGGAGAUACGGAGGACGGAGAUCACGGGCCCGCUCCUGGUGCACUGCAGCGCCGGCAUAGGCAGGACUGGCACGUUAUUACUGGUCCUGGUUCUCCUCGAUCAGCUGGACAGCGAGGGAUACAUAGACGCCCCCGCAUCGGUUGCUUUGCUGAGACAAGGAAGGCCAAUGCUCGUUGAGAAUCAGAUGCAGUAUCGCUUCGCUCAUCAGCUCCUGCUCGAGAUCCUGUACAGUGACGUCACGAAUUACCCCGUGUCCGAUUUCGUCAACUUGUUGCCUGAUCUCGAUGAAGAGAUCAAAGUACAGUACAAGAAACUGAAAGGGACGGAGAGGAACCUUUCGUUCAAGUGGGCGUCGAAACCCGCCCACGCUAGACUGAACCGCAACCUGGAUCUUCUUCCUGUGGACGGCCGCCAAGUGCUGCUCCAGAUGGUCAACGGCCAGGCGGAGACCCAGUACAUUAACGCUGUGCGGCUGAACGGCGUGACUCAGCACGAUGCCAUGGUGGUGAUGGAGCACCCGCUGCCGGAGACGCUGCCGCAGGCCUGGAGGAUGAUCUACGAGAAGAAGGUCUCGGCCUGGGUCCUCCUCAACGCCUACGGGGAGGACGAGCUCGAGGAUUUUCCGCCCGUUAUUUCCGAGGGAGAGAUGGACCUCGGCUUCAUAACACUCACGCUCGAUGGAUCUCAGAGCAAGGACUUCUGCCUCGAGUCGCGGGUCACCCUCGCGCCCGUCCGAUCGCGGUACGCCGUGGCGCACUCCGUGCAGGUGCUGCAGCUGGCCGGCUGGCGCCGCGGGUCGGAACUCCCCGACGGCGCCGGGAACCUCCUGGCUCUGCUGGCGGACGUCCACGAGAUCCGGAGGAAGGCGCCGACCAGCCCCGUCGUCUUCUCCUGCGGGGACGGCUGCACUGCGAGCGGGUUGGCAGCAGCCCUGGACGUUAUCCUCAUGCGGAUCGACCUCCUGCGCGACGUGGAUGUCUACAGGGCCGUCCAGGCGCUCCUCUACGAGCGGCCGCAGUUCAUCACCUCCUUCGAACAGUACAAAUUCCUCUUCACGGCCACAGCUGAGAAGAUCAAAAUGAAUCCCAAGGAGAAAGAAGAGGAAGAGGAGGAAACAUUGAUAAAAGUGUAAAUGGAACAUAACGACAACAAGUUAACGUAGAUGUAAUUGACAUAGACUUCCAUUAUGCUAAUGAUAAGAUUGACGUCAUAGAUAUUUUUUUUUCUUCCUUCCCGUCCUAUUUUCUUUUUUCUUCCUUUCUUCUAAGAUUUUAUUUUGGUUUGCAUGAGUGUGAUCUUUAAACCGAAAAAAAAAGUUAAAUAGAGCUACAGAAUCGGCGAUUAAUUGAAAUAACAUGUUACUGCAAUUAGAUUGACUUUGCAAAACGAACUGUUGAUUAUUAACAUGUAAUGAAUAAGCUGUACGUUCUACACACGCCAACACACAAUGAUGUAACUUCCCUUUGUAAACAUCAUUUCCCUUGUGCAAGUCUUUCAACCCUAAAUAAUUGUUCAUUUGUCACGUGUAGUGUUCAUAAGUUUAAGUUCUUCGUGUAUUUAAACCGAGGGAUCCAUGAUAAAUGGUAAAAUAUUCUAUCGUGUUGGUACUUUGGUCGUAAAAAACCUUGUACACAAACGAAGUUUUAAUAGAUCUCGUGUCAUGCGCUGUGUGUGUUUUUUUCUGCCAAGUUUUUAGUUGUUUCAAAUUACGUUUGUUAUGCGUUUGUUUGUAAUAUGAGAUGGUUUGUAUUAUUGAUAUCGUUGCUUAUGGUUUUAUUUAUCGUUAGGAAGUGUAGUUUUAAUUAAUAGUAUUAAGUAUGAUAGUUAACAGUGUACUAGUAAUAACAAUGUAUUAACAGAGUGGAAUUCCCACAUAUAUGGAUGAAGAAAAAUCUAAGUCAGUAGCUUAUUAGAAGAGUACAAAAAAAAAAACAUUUUUUAAUAUUAAUACGUUGUCUUUAUAAAGCAAAGGUCUCCUAAAAAAAAAAAAAAAAAUUGGAGA